AUCUCUCCUCUCCACCACAUCAUUCCAUCAGCAUGCCGUCCUGUUUCUCAUCAUUGCUACCGGCAAGGCGUGGCACCGUCACGCCUCAGUCACCAGACCCACAUCGUCGCGAGUCCCUCUCAUCUUCUGCCUUGCCAGUCGAAAAGCCAACAGCCUACCCAGCAUGCGCUCACUGCACCCAAGACACCUACCUGCUGCCUGCCUACGAGUCAGCAGCAUCUCUCGGGCAAGCAACACCCUUCUCUGGCACAAUGAAUAAGAUCUCCAGCACCAUCUCAUCGUACAUCCAAUCUCUCGACUCGGAGCUUCGCGAGUUCAGUCUGAAGAUGCAUGCCCGACCUGAAGUGGCAUGGGAGGAGCGCAAGACGCACGACUUGUUCAUUGACUUCUUCAAGGAGAAGCACAAGGAGUGGAAGAUCACCCCUCACUUUGGAAUGGAGACGGCUUUCAAGAUGGAGUUUGAACAUCUGCCCAAGGGAUACAGGAUGAAGAAGGGCGAGAAGCUGCCUACGAUUGGAUUCAAUUCGGAGCUGGACGCCUUGCCUGGGAUUGGGCACGCUUGUGGACAUAACCUCAUCGCCAUUGGCGGGAUUGCUGCAUCCCUCGCUGUUGCCGCGGCGCUGGUCAAGCACGACAUCCCUGGCAAGGUGAUUCUCCUCGGGACGCCGGCAGAGGAGGUUGGAGGCGGCAAAAUCGCUCUCCUUGACAAAGGAGCAUACAAGGACAUGGAUGCGUGCGCGAUGAUCCACCCGGCCCCGCUCUCGACCAUCGGCUCUAUGCUCGCCGUCGUCACCCUUGAGGUGACGUACACUGGCCGUACAUCUCACGCAGGGGCUGCUCCCUUCGAAGGUAUCAAUGCGCAGGACGCCGCCGUCCUCGCCUAUAACAACAUCGCUGUCUUGCGCCAGCAACUCGAGCCUACGACACGCACUCAUGGCAUUAUUCAGGGCCAGAACUGGGCUGCUAAUGUGAUCCCAGGCAAGAGCAAGGUGCUCUGGAUGAUUCGAUCUACCGACAUCAAGAAGCUCAAGGACGUACGCGAUCGAGUGAGGAACUGCUUUGAGGCAGCGGGGCUGGCCACGGGCUGUAAGGUGGAGAUUGAUGAGAAGCCGGCGUAUGCGGAUCUGCGCAACCAAGCCAGCAUGGCGGCAGACUAUGCGCAGUACAUGAAGGAAGAGUACGACGAGACGUACGCUACCGACUCGUGGGCAGCCUCCACCGACUUUGGUAACGUCACCUACGCCCUGCCUGCUAUCCACCCCAUUUACGCCAUCCCAGUCAAGGACCCAAAGACGGAGGGGAACCAUACAGUGGGCUUUACAGCUGCAGCGAAGACGCCUGAGGCGCAUAAGCUGACGUUGAAGGCCGCAGAAGGCAUUGCGAUCAUUGGGGCGAGGGUCGUGGUUGAAGGCGAGUACCGGGAAAGGGUGAGGAAAGAGUGGGAGGAGUGGAAGAGCAAGCAGUAAGGGCGUGGAGACGCCGUUGAUUUUGUCGAAUCGAAGACAUAUUGUACAAUUGUAUGUAUGCGAGAAGUGCAUGGGAGGUCUGCUGGUCGUCUAUGCUCAUCCUUGACGCUGCUUGUGCUUAGGG